CGUGUCGUCGUGGUCGAGCGGUUGGUUGAGCGAACGCUUUUUUUUUGUUCCGUGCGUAGUAUCUUCCCUAGUGUUCCCCUAUCGUUGGCCAUAACGUCAGUAGCGAACAAGCGCAGCACUGUGCCUGCCUGUAGCGUGCAAAUGGCUACUACCGAAACCACCACGUCACCAUGGUGACAGCUGAGUGACGGUACGGUGAAGACCACGUAGUCGACCGACCGAUCCAAAGUGAAUCUUCCGGCGGGGUGCUAAUUAGCUGUGGCCGCAGCCAGUGUGUCCCCGUGCGCCUCUAUCUCUCUCUCUGUGUCUGUGAAUUAUGUUGCGUGGCCGAAAGGUGUCCAAAGCAAUGCCUGCAACAGCCCGGUAACAGCCCGGUACAAGAAAGGUUAAUUGGAAAGGUGCCUCAUCUUCUGUGAGCUUGCUGCCUGGGCUCGUGCUGGCGUGUAGGCAUUGGGUCCCGGUGUCCCCGUGAACCCGAACGCAUUUCACGCGUUUCCAGCUAAUUGCGAACAUCAACACAUGACGGCGUGACCGUGCGCCGUCGCUUGUUCGCGUGUUACUAGUACUAGAGACUAGAGAGCAGAGAGCCUUACUCCCUGAAGAGCGCCCCCGAAAACGGAAUCCAAUUAUUGAACAGUAUCAGGGAGUCUGCCGUGUUGUAAAAUGGUCCUGAUGUCCUGUUGUUCCUUCUCGAGCUCGAGUGGCCAUGCGGAUGGUACGGGUACCGGCUCAGGGCACCGGUAUCCGUACGGUUCGGACGCUAGCAACGUGACAGAGAAGCACUACGGAUGCUACAAGGCCGGUAUCUUCUUCGCGCUCGCCAUCAUCCUGCUGCUGCUGGUCGGUUGCGUACCGGUCUUCCUACUCACCGCCAACAGUAACCUCAUCCUGCUGAUCCUGCUCGUCACGCUCCUGCUGAUCGGUCUGGUCACCUUCGUCUACUUCCGCUGGCAACGCAACCGAGCGCUCGCCAUGCGUCGCACGUACGAGCAGCAAAAGUUCGCGCUCACCCGACUCCCACCAGCGGCAACGGCGGCGUCAGGAUCGAAGGACGCCGAAACGGCGAACGGUAAAGCCGGCCCGAUGAACGGCAACACAGCAUCACCGUACGGCCAUCAGCAGAACAUGGCCGGCCUUAAGGGUGAACCGGCGGGCUCGGAGCAAUCCUCGCAAAGGACGGCGACCACCGUCACACCAAACAACCACCAACAACAACCGCGGUAUUCGUUUAUUUGAACGGACCGGCACCACCACGGGAAUGUGGUUUCGUUUCGACAACCAAUCGCUUCCCGCAAUUGGUUCAUUGUUUUCAAGGGAAUCGGGAAUGAUGACAGAACCGUAGCGUAGCACCGGAAAUGCAAACAUUUGGCAGGAAAGAAACCGCGACCAAUCAGCGCGACCGCUCUCCUCAAACCACAAUCCACUCUCUGCACGUUUGGUUUCGUUUACCCUUUUUUGUGAAUUCCACUCACAAGGGUACACAUUCCGGCGCACACACUCCAGGCAUUGCAGGAUACUCUUCCCACCAAACCGAACAAGCAGCUGGUCAAGCUGGUGUAAGCAAACAAGCAAGCAAUCAAUUAUGCAUCGAUCAUCUUCAUCACACCUGCAAGCGAUGCAGCGGACGGACGUAAUUUAACCACCUUUCGCACCUUCAUUUAUCGGUUUCAACUUCAGUUUCAAGUAUCAAAUGCACGUGCACCAGCUGAAGUCCCUGCAAUUAAUGGUGCACACGGCUUUGGUUAGCCAUUUUCCUGCAAUCGAGUGGAGAGUACAUUUCGUUGCGUUACUGAAAGAAGUGAAAUGAAAUGCUCUGGCGGAAACAUUGUUAACAGUUAAUUCGUGAUAGUGACUAGAUAGGGUGUAGUAGAAAUGUUAAAAUAAUAAACCUUUUUAUAUUAAUACUUGA